CCGCGGAAAGGAGUGGCCGAGGCUCGCCGGGGAAGACGACGACGACGACGACACGAGGCCGCCAGAUCAUCGCCCCGAGCGCGGAAGUAUCUCCAUCCCUUUCACCAACCGGCCGGACGGGAUGCACGGCGCGGGAAAGGGGGGACUCUCCUCGUCCCCCGCCAACGUGGGCUCGUCGGCCCGCAACCCGACGAGCGAGAGCCGUCGCCGUCGCCGUCGCCCUCCGCGUCCGCACCCGACACGGUGCGCCGAACGUGGCGCCCCACUUGUGGCGCUCCCUCGCUCGCGGCUGCCUACUUAGCCACCAGCUCCGCGCCGCUGAAGGGUUGAAUCGAAGCGGCAGUGAUGAUGAGGCCCAGACCCUUCGGUUCCGGUGUGGCGUCGGCGGCCGCGGCCGAGGCUUCGGUGGGCGCGGGGUGCCGCGGAGGCUGGGCGUGGAGGCCGAGGCCGAGGGCGCGGCCGGGGCAGCGCGUGAGGGUCAGGGGGGAGCCUGGCCCCCACGCGGCCGCGGCGGCGGCGGCGAGCGCCGUGCACGCGGAGCCCGACCACGGCGUGCGGUCCCGCCCGUUUGGGCUGCCCCGCGCGGGAUUCGGGUCGGACCUGGAGGCGGGCAUCGAGAAGGUCAUCUACGCCUGCCGCUUCAUGGCCUUCCUCGGCAUCGCCGGAUCUCUCGCCGGAUCGGUCCUCUGCUUCCUCAAGGGCUGCACUUUUGUGAUGGACGCCUUCGUGGAAUACUACUUGCGCGGUGAUGCAAAGGUGGUGCUCAUGCUGAUUGAAGCCAUUGAUAUGUAUCUCAUCGGCACGGUCAUGUUUGUCUUCGGGACGGGCCUGUACGAGCUGUUCAUCAGUAACAUGGACAUCGCAAAACAGUCCCAUGACCGCUCCAGCCUCUUUGGCUUGUUCAAGCUUCCGGAACGGCCCAAGUGGCUGGAAAUCCGCUCGGUGAGUGACCUCAAGACAAAGCUGGGUCAUGUAAUCGUCCUGGUUCUGCUGGUUGGCAUCUCCGAGAAGAGCAAGAGGGUGACCAUCACGUCAUGUACUGACCUCUUCUGCUUCGCUGGAUCUAUCUUCCUCUCUUCAGGUUGCCUCUACCUACUAUCCAAGCUCGGUAGCACCAAAGGAGGGAGUCAUGCCUGAAACAGAAAAUCUUCUUCAUAAGAGAUAGAUCUGUUGUGUGUCCUUUUCAGCACUUCAGGUUGUGUAUGCCUCAUGUACUGCUUGUAUGGAUUGACAUUAGGCACUAUAUAGUGGUAUAUAGAGAUGUACAUCGUCUGAUAUUGUAACUUGCUGCUAGAUGGUGUCCAUGAUCAAUUACAGAUAUGUUGUGCCAUGAA